AAUGGCCCUUUAUAAAUAUAAAUUAUUGGUACAACUUACUAUCGCAGGUUAAACUUUACUUUGGGGCACCACAAAAUUAUGAACUUUCUUUUGUACCGUUUAGUAGUUUUUGAUGCCCAGAUUACAAAAAUGUAAGUUAAAAAUAUUAGGAAUCCAAAGUUGAAAAUUUUUGACGUAUUUAGCUAGUUAAUACGACGCCAUUGGUCAAUUAGUGGUUAAUUAGGUAAUUACAUCAAAAACUACUGAAUGGUGCAAGAAAAAGUUCAUAAUUUUUGGUGCAUCCAAAUAAAGAGCAGCCUAAAUACGAAUUACUGGUAUUUACAAAUUGCUACUAGAAUCCCAACAAUUGGAUAACGGAAAUGGUUCGUGAUCAGUGUAUCAAAGAAUCAUUUGAAAAUUGUGCAACCUGCGUGAAAGAAGCGUGAAGGCGUAAUGAGAGGAAUUUCGCGGUGGAGAUGGAGAAAAAAAAAAAAGAAUAGCCGCGAAGGAUCGACGAAGGGGGAAUGGAACACGUGCGGUACGAGUAUCGGUAUCGGGGGCGCAGCUUGCAGGCACGAGACAAUGCAGAGGCAACGCGGUAGUAGUGGUUCCAGGCCGUUGCCGAACGCACCUGCGCCUUGGGUUGGGCCCAUUUUGCCCCCCGACCAUUUACGGAAAGUGUGAGAGGAGGUUAUAAAACUGGUGGGGCGGCAUUCGAUCGGGCCAGUGAGCUUUCGGUGGUGGAACACCGCGUGCGCUCGAUUUCGAACAGGAACGGCGCGAGCUGGACGAGAAGCGUACAAAAUUCGUAAAUAAUACGUGAAUAAUUCGUAAAUAAUUUAGAAGCGAACGGUAGUUUUCUAUUAUUUAGUAGAUCGUUCGACGGUGGUUAUCCCGUUUAGCUGGAUUCCGGUCGAAAGAUGACCGGUAAAAGGUGGUUGUUUCGGGCGCUGUUAGUUGUCGUUGUCGUGCAGAGUAAAACUCGCGCCGACGAGAACAUCGCCGACGAGAUCCGAUCUCUGCGGGAGCAAGUGAACGCUCUUCUGGACCAUCGGCAGCAGGAUUACAAUGCCCUCGAAGGAAGCUUGAAGCGCGCCAUGGAGAAGAACACCGAGUUGUUUGUCCUGAAGAACGAAGUGAAACAACUCAGGAAAGAAGUGAACGCUUUUCGCGGCGGGAACGGAAACGAGGCGAAGAACGAGCGGCUGCGAGUACGGUGGCUAGGAAGCGCCGUGACCGAGCUGCAAGGGGAAGUGGCGGAGGUCCUCAGAACGAGAAACGCCAGCGAGGAGCUCGCGGAGAGGUCCAGGAUGAGAGGCGAGCUGGCUCUGCUGAAAGGCGACGUCGCCGCCGUUGGAAGAGGCGUUCGAAAUCUCGGCGGUAGGAUGGCCAAGAUCGAGGCGGUCCUCGGCACGAUUCGCGUGGACAUAGUGGCGGUGAAAGAACGGUUCGGUCAGCUCUCUCGCACCUGCGCCGACAUCGCCAGUCAGUUGAGCGCGGUUCAAGUCGAGGUGAAGUCUCUUGGAUGCGAAUUGCCGUCCGGCGAUUCGGGAAAUUCGAUUGUCCAUCGAGGAGAGAAGAAUUCGGAAGGCGAGGUCGCGUCGUCCUCGAGUACAGCCACGGAAGAGGAUAGUAAAAGGUUCGAUACGGAACACAGCUCGACGUCGUUUCGGCGUCGGCUCUCCAGGAGGCACGGCUACUCGAGACGAAUCGAGGAACACCGAAUGCGGACCGAAGAACGUCUGAAGAACCUGGAGCACAAGGUCUCUCUGCUCGCGCAGCGACGGGUCUUGCUCGAGAAACGCCUGGCCUACGAAAAGAAAGAAUGGCCGUUGAUCCUGAACAAACGAAUGAAAAGUUUGGAGAAGAGCCAGGCCGAGUUGUCCAGACGACUUUCGAACGUCACCGAGGAUGCGGUAUCGGCGAGAACCAUCGGCGAAUCGUUUGGUCUGCAGCUGAUCGACUCGUUGCGAGUUCUUGGAGAGGCGGUCGAGAAAAACAACUCGGAAACGAAGCGGGAACUGGUUCGGUUAGGCGUGAACGCGGCUAGGAAAGGGGCAGAGCUCUCGUUGACCAGAGAGGAGUUGAGCAAUCUGCGUCGCGCCGUUCAAGCUCUGAGCGUGAGUGCUUCGAAGCUCCAAGAGAGAAGCGACGGUCAACAGGAAGCAAUCGAUCGGCUGAACGUUACGUGCUCGGAAGACGCCGAUCGAUUUCCGUCGUCUUCGUCCUCCGACGCGCUAAAGCUCGAACUCGAACUGGAGAAGCUGGAUGACCAGUACCAUUUGAUCGUGAACAGUUUGCCUGAAAACUGCGAGGAUCGAUCGACGGACCAGCCGGCCAGGGACGGGUUGAGGCUUUUGGAAGCUGGCCGGUCCCGGAAGCCGAUGUUGGUUUACUGUCGGGACGGCUGGACGGUGGUGGCGCGACGUCGAGACGGCGCGCUCGAUUUCGAUCGCACUUGGAAAGAUUACUCUCUCGGUUUCGGUUCCCCCGUCGGCGAAUACUGGAUCGGCAACGAGCUUCUCCACGAGCUCACUCGAGAUAAUUGCACCAGGUUGCGCGUCGACAUGUUGGAUAUCUACGGGGAACGUUGGCGCGCCGAGUACGAAUCGUUCGAGAUCGACUCGGCGGCUACCGGGUACAGGCUACGCGUGGACGGAUACGCUGGAAACGCCACGGACGCGUUGUCCUAUCAAAACGGAAUGGCUUUUAGCGCCAAGGACCGCGACAUGGACGCCAGCAAGUCUCACUGCGCCAGCAACUAUCACGGCGGCUGGUGGUUCAGUCGCUGCCAGCACGCCAAUCUCAACGGGAAGUAUUCCUUAGGGUUGACUUGGUUUCGUUCCGACACCAACCAAUGGAUGUCGAUCGCUUCUUCGGAGAUGUCCGUCCGCAGAAACUCGAAUUGUCGGCGAUCGCGGUAGCGCCCGUUCGUCGAAUCUCUCUUCGCGAUGCCAAAGACUUUAAAAUUACGUUGCGUUAGGUCAGUGGUGCGCCUCUCUCGAUACUGAAACAAAUGAAGUAAAACGGUAGUUUGUACGGUUCGAACUUUGGGGCUAAGAUGGGAAGAAACUAAUAUAUUUAUAUUUAACGUGAA